AAAAAAUUCUCAAAUCGUAGUUGCUAUCGUUUUAGAAGGAUGGGGCUCUGUAAAUGUCCCAAAAAGAAAGUUACGAAUCUCUUCUGCUUCGAACAUAGAGUAAAUGUUUGUGAGAACUGUUUGGUGGCAAACCAUGCAAAGUGUGUGAUCAAGUCUUAUCUGCAGUGGUUACAAGACAGUGAUUACAACCCAAAUUGUAGCUUGUGUCACCAAUUACUAAACGAUGAACAGUAUGGAGAUUGUGUUAGAUUGACUUGUUAUGAUAUUUUUCACUGGCCCUGUCUGAACCAAUAUGCCCAGCAAUUCCCUGCCAAUACAGCACCUGCUGGCUAUACAUGUCCCACCUGCAGUGCUGGAAUCUUUCCUCCAUCCAACAUGGUGUCACCGGUGGCAGACAAACUAAAAACACUCCUCUCCACAGUGAACUGGGCCAGGGCAGGCCUGGGAUUACCACUGAUAGAUGAACCCCAAGAGCUAGUCCUCCCUCCCCCACAGGAGACCCCUCCACUGACUCAGAGUACCCCACUAAAGUCCGAGGCCACAUUACCCACACAGAACACUCUACAGAAAUCUGGCAGCGUUCCAAGUCAUGUGACCACUCCUUACUCCACAGGAUUUUCGAGCACACCAGCUGCUUCUCCUUACCCCUUAGGGGCCUCACCAAACCCCCAGAUGGGGAACUCUUACUCCCCCGUGUCACCUCCCAACUACAACAACAGACCAAGUGCGCACGUUCCCCCUAAUCAGCACAGUGUGAUCAGCGUGGACGAGGGGACCUCAGCCAGGGGCCAGGAUAAACUCUCAUUUGGAGAUCCCAGAAAGUUAUUUGAUUCCACAAAAGAAGACACAAAUUCCAUAUUUAAUACAUCACAGGACCAUGAUGAAAAUAAAUAUAGAAGAAGAUCUGCUAUGGAGUGGCUCACCAAAUGGCUGAAGUCCCGAGAGAGUAAACAUGGGAAGAAAGAUCCCCUGACUUUAAGGAAGCGUUUUCUGAUGGUUUUAUUAAUUGGGGUGAUAGGAUUUUUGACAAGUAUUGUGAUAUUCUCAAAACUAGGUCGAAGUGACGUUGACGAUGACCCGUUUGCAGGAAAUCCUCAAGUGAGAGUGAUAGAUAACAUUCUUGAAUAAUAUGUCUGACACUAAAAAUGUUUAUCUGUUUUAACUUUUUAAUAGAAGUCAACAAAUACAUGUAAUUUGUAUACACAUUGUUAUCUGAAGUGAAAAUUAUUGGUUAUUUUUAUUAAGACUUGGUGAAUUAUUUUUUAAAUGAGUUGUAUUUAACAGAUUUAUC